UCUCAUCGGACUCCAGCAUUCCACUCCACCAGCUCAACCCGCAAAAGCUCUAGACGGUGAUCACCGGCGGCCGCGACGACGAUGGGGACCUCGCCGGCGGUGAACGUCUACCCUCUUGCGAACUACACCUUCGGAACGAAGGAGCCCAAGAUGGAGAAGGACACCUCUGUUGCCGAUCGCCUCGCCCGCAUGAAAGUCAAUUAUAUGAAAGAAGGAAUGCGGACGAGUGUUGAAGCAAUUCUUUUGGUGCAAGAACAUAAUCAUCCCCAUAUACUUCUGCUACAAAUUGGAAAUACAUUUUGCAAACUUCCUGGCGGACGCUUGAAGCCCGGAGAGAAUGAAGUUGAGGGCUUAAAACGUAAACUCUCUAGCAAACUGGCUGCAAAUAUGCCUUCGCAUCAACCAAAUUGGCAGGUUGGUGAAUGUGUUGCUACCUGGUGGAGGCCAAAUUUUGAAACAAUGAUGUACCCAUACUGCCCUCCUCAUAUCACCAAGCCUAAGGAAUGCAAGAAGCUAUUCCUUGUUCAUCUGUCUGAAAGGGAGUACUUCGCUGUACCCAAAAACUUGAAACUACUUGCUGUUCCACUAUUCGAACUGUACGACAAUGUUCAGAGAUAUGGCCCGGUUAUUUCGACCAUUCCUCAGCAGUUAUCGAGGUUCCACUUCAACAUGGUUCAUCCAUGAAAAGUUUCUGAGCAUAAAGACUGAACCGUGUAGCGGAAUUCAAUCUCCGAAACUGAUCAAACUAUUUACUCAUGUUUCGACUUUUAGAUUAUAUAAACCCGAUAUCGAUCAUACAGACAAAUGAAAUUCUGGUUUGUGUUUCUAAUCCCUGGAGGUUACAUCGAAAAUUAUGUUAUUGAUCACUUGUUAUGUUGGCGACGCAUGUUUGAUGGAGAAAAACAUGUACCUUCUUUUCGGGUGCAUUGUGCUGAAA